AUGGCAGUAGAAAGUCCAUUGCUUGCCUCGCCUGUCAACGUCAUGUCAGCCGUCUCUCCAUAUACAGACUUCUCUCUAUCACCAUGUUCUCCUUCAAUUCAAAGAUCUCCAUAUUACCAAUCGCUAUCCGCGCGAAAUUACUCGGGCUCAACCCUUCAACCAACUCACAUGGAGGACGGCCUCUCUCCUGCGAGUGCGCACCUAAUUAGUCCAAUGAGUGACAUGGUGGGACCUUCGCCAGUGACCUCAAAUGGCACUACAACUACAGAUAUUGAGGAUGAGAUGGCAGAUGAAGCUAUGCAUCAUGAGGAAAUACCUAGAGCCGACUCACAACUUACCUUGAAAAGGCUCAGCACAAAUCUACCGGAGAGGUUCCGUGCUUCCAUCGAGGAUGAGUCUGUGUCUGUCAUCCAUGCCCCUGAGGGCUACGCAAAAUUUCUGUUUAGUGAUGCGACACCAGUACAAUCGGCAAAGUCACUUUUGGAUCGUUCCACACCAACUCCGUACCAACAGUCUAGAAGCUCAAGAACUAGCCCAAGGACGAGCCCUCGUACCAGUCCUACAUUUCAUCAAAAGACCAGUCCGAGAACCAGUCCUAAAACUAGCCCUAAAACUAGUCCAAGUACGAGCCCAAGAAUGAGCCCAGACCACCUUCAGGUUGAUGAGCAUGCGCACAAGUUUAUCGAGCCCAGUCUGGUUUCACCUCCACCGAUCUCUACAGAUAUAAGACCGAUCAGAUUCGGUUUAGAUAAUCAAACACCUCGAGCACAAACUCGCCAAGAAGUCGAAUCGUUUUCGGAAGAGAGACGACCAUCUCGACCAAGCAGUCUCGAAGGUAUAAUCGAAGAAGAAGAUAUGAGGAUGUCUUACUCACUCGAUGUAGGAAUUCCGGAAGAACUGCUCAAAGAUUUUUCGGAAGACGAUUUCGAUGCUCGGACAGUUCACAAUGCGGAUGAGGAGAUUACUGCCUUGAAGACGGCUUUGAACGAAUGUUGGACUCUUUGCAAUACGUUAGCCAGUCUCAGUUCCAUCCACCGUGAAAGAAUAUUCAGCUUUUCUGGGUCCGGCGAUGCUCACGAAAAGGCUUGGAAAUGUUGUUGGAGACUGUGCAAGAAAUUGUACGACAGUCGUGACGAAGAUCAUGAAAUUCAUGUUAGGCCAACACUCGAUCUGUGUAGAGAUUUUUGCCAAUCUCUAUUUGAUGUCCGCCAAAAAAAGGAUGAGGUAGCUGAUUCAGUAUUGAGGGUCAGCUUCGAAUUAAGCAACCACUUAUACAAUACACACGAUCGCAAUCUCCCCGAAGCUUUCCGAGAAAGAACUCUGGAUUUUUACAUAACCUUAUGCCAUCGUCUCAUGAAACAAAGAAGUGAGCUUGCUGAGGAGACUGAUGCUCUUCUCCGUGCUUGUUGGAGCUUGGCUGAAAUGCUUUUCAGUCUCCGGCAAAACAAAAGAGAAGGAAAAAUGGCAGAUGAAGAGCUUCUUGGAUCUGCUGUUCAAGCUUGCUGGGAGUUAUGUGACCUUUUCCGAGAAGGUUGGACACAAGUCCGUCCUGAGCGGGGUACACCCCGCCCAUCCCAAACGACAUUUAGGGCAGCAUCUGAUCAAAUGUCUCGCUCAUCACACACCAAAUCUAGUAGUCUAGCUUCGCUAUCGGAGAAUCCUGAUGAACAUACACCUACAAGAUAUGUCAUCCUACCUGAAACCCCGACGACCGAUUUUGAAGACACCCCUAUCACACCCGAGGAGGACUCGCCGAACAUCCCCAACAUCAUGGUUCUAGGUUCGGAAAGACCCCCACGAUGGUCAUCCGCCGCUUCUUCACUUUCUGGAUACUCUCAAGAAAGUGGUGCUAGCACAGUGACCAAUGGGAAUUUGCCCGAGGACCUCAAUCUGACACGACUCAAGAUACUGAUUUUGAAAGCUUCAAUGAAUGUGGGGUAUUCAAGAACAGCAAUUUCUUCUACGGGAUCGCCCUUGAAACUUCAGAAUUUUGUCAAGGCACUACCAACUGGUUCCUUUGGCUCAUUACCAGCACAUGCGAAUCUACUUUCAUCAUAUCGAAACCUAGUAUUGAGCGAUCCUACUUUCAGAAGUCCAAGUUCGUUACCUCCUCCAGGAAAGAAAGUUUCGGCGCCUGAUCUCGCCAAGAGUGUUAGUUGGAUGAUGAGAGCUGGACAAUACACAUUUUUGAAAGAUUUGUUCAGAAUGGUGUUCGGUUUCCGUAUUGAUGAAGCCGAUUCUCGAAAAAAUAUCAGCAUCUCAGUAUUUGAUAUUACAAGCUGCGAGUUUGUCACAAACAAUGCAUGCAAUGCCAUUGUUUCAAAUCUUGGGAAUGUCUCACGCGGUCAUGUCCCAGACGAAGUCAUUGUCGUAGGCACAUUGCAGCUUUGUGUCUAUGGGAACGUUGGUUGCAACUUGAUGCUGCUCAACACUUUACAUACCGGUAUGCCUUUUUCUUUUCAUGAACAUCAUGACACGACUUUGUACGAAAUCGAAAUCGAAAUCGAAAUCGAAAUUAACGACAUUGGGGAUUUGGGAGGCUAG